UUUCUUUUCUGAUCAUAACGCACGUUUGUAUAGUUUAAGUCGCAAUCGUGUAAAAGUGAAUUUUUUAGCGCGCUUUUGGAUUUCUAGGGAAAUGACAAAGAUAUGUAUUUAAAACUAGCGGACGAAAACAAUAAAGGACAUAUGUACGAUACGUUCGUAUGUGCUAUUUACUGUUAUUCGUAAUAUACGAUAUUUAAUCAACGAUAAAAGUAGGUAACAAUUGAAAAGUCAUGUCAACCCACGUGCUGAUUGCUACUGAUGAAACUAUAGUGAUAGAUGAAUAAAAUUUAUUAUUUCCGAAAAAACGGUGCAUUAUCAAUAUUAUUGAUAGAAAAAACGAAGAAACAAAAGAAAAUUGAAUAUGCAGGACGCUUCAGGAAGAUACGAGGAUGUACAAAAAAUAAUACUAUCUUUGUUAGUUUCCCGAAAGGAUGCAAUUCCUUUGGGAGUACUUGCUAAGGAUUAUCAAGAUCAGGAAGGUGAACCUAUACCAUGGAAAGAAUUUGGAUAUAUUACUUUAUUAGAUUAUCUAAAAAGCAUGCCAAAAUUUAUAUCCUUUGAGAGAUUAAAUGGUACAUAUUAUGUUCGUGGUGUUGCUUCUGAUAAAUCUAAACAUGUUAGCUCAUUGGUAGCUCGACAAAAAAUAUCAUUAAAAAAACGCAAUUAUAUACGCAGAACUUAUAGACCCAGCUAUUAUUACCCAAAGACAUCAACUCCGAGAAUUCACAUACCUGCAAAUAUUUUAAGUGAUAUAAUAAAUAUGGUUAAACAAAAUCCAAAUGGUAUUAAGAAAGAAUAUGUUUUAAAAGAGGUCAAUGAUAAAUUACCAUGUAUAAAUAUAUCUAUUACGGAUCUUGAAGAACAAAUAAAAAAUUUGUCACACGAGUUAUUUAUAGAUGGCAAUCGAAUCUAUCCAUUGAAAAAAUAUACAAAACCAAUAUCUAAUAAAUGUAUAUCUUCAAACAUUUUAUCAAGGGGAGAAAAAGUAAAUCUACCAUCUAAAGAUUCUGUGGAACUAUCUAAAUAUUUUGUUAGUGGUGAAACUGAUUCUAAUAAAGAAUCGGAUAUUGAUGACGAAGACCGUUUUAUAUUUGCUUCAAAGUUGCAAAACAAUAGUGAAAAUAAAAACAAAAUCUCAAACAAGAAACAGCCUAUUUCCAUGUUUAUACAAGAGAGCGUAUCUAAAUUUAAUAAUCAAGUUGAUCAGCUUAAUGAUAAAUCAAGAUUUGAUAACAAGGGAAUCAAACAUAAUAGUUCAGAACAGAAUGUUACUUUACAUACUCCUAUAGAAAAAUUACAAGAUGAUAUUACUUACUUAGGUAGUGAAGAUGUAAAAGUACUUAUAAGUGAUAGAACAAGAUUUCGAUUAGAAAAACUUAUUCAAAAAUAUCCAAAUGGUAUUUGGUGUGCGGAACUUCCUGAAAAAUAUAUGGAAGAAUAUAAUGUACCUUUGAAUUAUAUCGAAUUAGGUUUCAAUAGUGUACGGGAAUUUGCAUCAUAUUUGCCAGAAAUCUUUCAAUGCAAACAACUCCAUCCAUCAGCAGAUUUUAUACUUUAUGAUGCAAAAAUUAAAUUACCUGAUACAAAAAAAAAUAAUAAAACAAAACUUCUAAAUGUAGCUGAAUUAUACACUCAAUCAUAUUUAGAAGAAGAUGAAGUAGAGGCUUUGCCUGUUGUAGUAUCAAGUGAUACAUCCAAUAAAUUAAUGCCAGAAGGGGUAAUGAUUAUAGGAGAAUGCGUAGGACAAAUAAAUGUAACAGAUUUAGAAAAUAUAACACAGCCAUAUGUAGAAGUUUUUGUUGAAGAAGUGUUUACACCAUCAUUAUUUUGGAUACAACUUCGUAAGAAAAAAAAACUUUUUAAUAAAUUGAUGGAUGACCUUCAUAUUUUUUACAAAGAAAAGUACAUGGAUUAUAAAAUACCUCCUGUUGUACUUGAAAAGGGUUUAAACUGUGCAUGUAAAUAUAAUGAUAUAUGGCACAGAGGAAUAAUUAAAACUGUUAAACCUGAUCUGCAAGUAACUGUAAUGUUCUAUGAUUAUGGAACAUUGAAAACUUAUUCUCCUGAAGCAAUAUAUUAUCUACAUAGAUUAUUUUCAUAUUUACCAGCUCAAGCAAUACCAUGUGGCUUAUACAACACUAAACCAUGUAGUGGAGAGCAAUGGUCCAAGGGUGUUACUUAUGAAUUUGCUGAAAGAACUUCUCAGAGACCUCUUAUUGCAACAAUAGUAUCAACUGAUCCAGAGAAUAAUUCCAUGUUGGUAACUUUGACUGAUACAAUGGAAGAAGAGGAUGUACAUAUCAAUGAUUGGAUGGUUCAUCAAAAUUUGGCAGUACAUGGACAAAUGGGUGAUGUGGUUGAUAUGAGUAAUUUAAUGUUAUUUGUUGAAGAAAAUCUACUUUAUGCCACGGACAAAUGUUAUGGACAGGAUUACUUUACUCCUAAAGUAGAGAAUGAUAAAAACUGUACAGAAUGCUUGAUGAAUAUUCCCUUGAUAUCGCCUGAAAGUACAUUGCGUGAAAAAACAAUUGAAGUAUUGUCUGAUUCAUCAUUAUCUACUGAAUCGUUAAAUUUGUUAAUGAAUGCAGAUAAUAAUCCAUUUAAAAAUGUAUAUAAUGGUGAAUGCAACGAUGAGAAUAUACAAUCAAAUAUAAAAAAACGAUCUACCAAUCCUUUUUUGGAAGAUGCAGAUAAGCACAAGAAUCUUACUAAUGUUUUAUCACCACAAAUGUUUAUGCAAAUUUGGAAGACAAACCAAAGAUUUCAAAUGCAAAUAAUAACUAUGUUUAAUAUUCUUCUUGCAAAAAUAGAUUCAACUUCUGUAGAAGUUAACAUUCAUUCAUCAGAAAAUGAAAUAAAAAAAAGUUACGAAGAACGUUUGCUUUAUGCUUCAGAAUUUUUGAAAAAUAUAAUUUUAAAAGAAGAUAUAUCAUCUUUAUUAAUAUCAAAACCAGCAAACUGUUUUAAUAACGUUACAAUCGAUACUAACUCUAACAAGAGUAAUGGAAUAUGUGUGCCUUUAUUUGCAAAUAAUACUAAUUAUGUUACAACUGGACAUUCAGAAAUCAAUGAUAAUAACAUAAACAAUGUACAAUUGGGAUUGUUGGAACAAAUAAAAGAAAUGAAUGAUAUUACUUCAAAUUCUAAAGCACAAGUUCCAUCUAUCCAAUCUUUUUUUAUGGAACAAAAUAUAAGUGCUAUUAGAGAUUCGUCUACUGAAAGAUCAGCUAUGACUGAAUUAAAAACAAACACAUCUCUCUUCCCAUGUCAGAAUGAUUUUACAAAUAACAAAAAAGAUCAAUUUAAUGUAUUGGGAUCAGUACUAACAAAUGAAAUAAUAUAUAAUGAAUCUAAUGAAACCAAUCCUUUUAAAGUCUUAUUAAAAUUGAAAGACUCAAAUGUAACUCAAGUAGGAAAUGAAAACCUUGAUAUUGAGAAAUAUUAUUCAUUAGACUGUACUAAUUUUGAUAAAAAUCAUAUUGAAAUUAAAAAUACAUAUGAUCAUAGAUCAAUGAUACAAUACAACGAUUAUACACCAUUUACUUCUAAGUGCGUAUAUGAUUCUUUUUAUCCAGAAUUUAUAUCAACAAAUAAUAAUAAUAAUCCAUUUCCUUCAUUCAAAAAUGGGGAAGAUAUCACUUUCCAAUCUGGCGAUAGAUUUGUAGAUAAUCCGAAAACUAUAAGAAGAAAUUUCCAUUUUAAGCAAGAAUUUGAAACAUCAAAUGGAAAUUCUGGUAUAUCAUUAUUUUCUGAAAAUGAUUAUUUUCAAACUUCUAACAAUUAUUCCACAUCAUUGAGAAAUAAUAAAAUAGAACAAUUAAUUAGCCCACAAUUUUCAUUGCCAAUAAAUAAAUUAUCGAUAGCAGACGAAGAAUUUCCAUGGUUUGAUAAAUUAAAUGUUAUAUCUAACUCACUAAUGUGUACAAAUUUGUUAGAUGAAAAAGAUAUUAAAGAACCAAAAAUUAAUUCACAAAGAUUAGCAAAUAUUUCUACAGGAACUUGGAUCAGAGAUGCGGAGAAUACAGUGUCAUCACAAGUAAAUAUUCAGAAUGAAAAUUACACAAACCAAUCAUUGAUUGAUUCGCUAACAAUAAUAAAUACAGAUCAACAGUUUCAAACAACUGCAGAUAAUACUAAUCGUUAUCAGGAGCCAAUUAAAAAUUUUGAUUCAGAGUUUACACGUUUUCCAUAUAGAGAAUAUAUAUAUGAUGAUACAAGAAAUUUUAAUUGUACUACAGAGAAUAAUUUAGGUCUUCAGAGUUACAGUGGAAAAUCUCAAACUAAUACAUAUUCAAAUGAUAUCAGUUGUAAAGAAAAACAAGUAGAAAAUGAACAUAAUAUCAUGCAUACAAAUGUUGUAAGUACAAUUACUGAUGAGAAAGUAAAUAUGCCUUGUUAUGAAUAUUUAAUAAGCACUACUAAAGGAUUAGCAAAGAUUUUUUUUCGAAUAGCAGAAAUAACAAAUAAAAAAUUAUGCAUAUUUCAUUUUGAAAAUGAAGGAUGGUUAUUAACUAACGAUUUUGUGGCAGCAUUUACUACUUAUACAACAGUUUCAGAAUAUUGUAAACAAUUACAGAUAUGUCAUUUAAAUAUCAAUUUUAAAGAAAUCAAUAGAUUGGAAAGUCCAACUGCAUUUUUUCAACUUGAUAAAAUGCCAUUAAAUGUAUCUCGAGAUAAAGCAAACAGGAUUAAUAAUAUUCACUUGAUGCCUUUAAAAUCUAUUAUUAGAGUUCUUAUAAAACUAAAAAUUGUUACAAUAGAAGAAGUAAAUAGAAUUAAUAUAACAAGAGGAUUUAGAGAGAAUUUAAUUUUACAGAAAGUAUGGAUUUUGAUUAGGUUUUAUGGACAAUUAAAACGUUUUGUGCAAAAAAGAAUGGACAAAUAAACAUUAAACACAAUAAACAUUAGAACUUAAUUUGAACAUCAGCAUUAAUGGGGUAAAAUCGAGUUAAUCUUAAUUAGAUAAUGAUAAAUUAUAAGCCUACUCACAAUAGGUGAUAAUAAAUAGAUAAUAUAUGUAAGACAAAUUAUUUUUUAAUUUGUUAAUGGUGGUCUUAAGAGAAAAUAUAAAAAUAUUUUGUUUAUUACAACUUGUGUAUAGACAAUACACAAAUGACAUGUAUUAGACAGAAUAUCCAAUACAAAGAGUUAUAUUGUUAAUAAAAAAAUAUAUUUUA